CCUAACGACGAUUUCAGGGUGAGAGUGGAGUUGGGAAGGGAAAGAUUUAGAGGUGAAUAUGCGGCCGUUAGAGACGCUGCUGCCGACGGAGACUCUAGAGAUAGAAAACGGACUGUCACUGGUCCCGCGCUUGAAGCUUCUGCUCACGAUCCAUCCAUCACUUUCCUCCGUUUCGAAGCCUAUUGAUGAGUGGCAGCUAAAGCGAGCCUUAACGGACUUUCUGAAGACUUCUCUCUCCGUCACGAUCACCGUUCCCGAGGAAGAUCUCGUGAUCAGACGCGUCAAAGACCUCAAGAAGCGGAAGCGGGAAGACCCUGUGGCACACGGCACACUUUUUAUUUACGACCUAGGGUUUCUAAGUGGCGGGAAGAGACGUGAAGAUGAUGAUGAGAAGGAAGAGGAUGUGAAGGAAGUAGAGAAGAAGUUUUUGGAUUGGAGGAGGUACAUUGUGGAAAAAAUGGAUGGGAUAGAGCUUAAUCUUGAAGGAGUCAGAUACAAGCUUAGUGUUGAGAUUCCGAUUUCUGAUGAUUUCGAGAGAAUGAAGAAAGAUUGGGAGGAGUUUUACGCUUUUAGAAAUCGAGGUUAUCCAAGGGGAGGGAAGCAAGAUCCUGACACCAUAGUUCUGAGAGGUGUUCCAUCACGGUGGUUUGCAGAGCCGAGGGUUUCCUCAAAGCCUUCCAUGCUGGUUACACAUACUACUUUUUCAUCAUUUGGGAAGAUAAGGUUAUUUCUUUUGCUUCAUUAGUUGAUUUACAGUUUCUAUAUGUUGGAUUCUUUUAAAUGUUCAAAGUUCAGACUUUGAAGUAGGGAGUUCAACUCUUGGUAGCUCAUAUUGCUUUAUCUGCAACAGCAGCUUUAGGGUGCUCAGAAUUUGCUAUUUUUGUACUCUGAAACUGCUAUUGCUUUAAAAUUUGAAACCGUAGUAGGGUUUCUUAUGAGAAGUUUUGAUUCUUGUGGUUUGUAUAAGUAUUUAUCAAGAUAUUGUUGCAUGUUCUUAUGGUUCCAUUUUGUAAUUUAUUUAUUUUGUCUAUUGUCAUUAAUUGUUUGGCACGAAUAUCACUUGAUUAUACAUAAUCCUUGCUGUUUCUUCUUUAACCUGCUCUAUAUAGGAAUCUUAAUGUCGCCGAGGACAAUGAUUAUGGUAAGGAUGUGAACCAUGAUGAGAUGGACCUCAUUUCAGGGCUUAAUUGUAAGAUUGUGGUUCAGUUCGAGAAGUAUAAGGAUUUCUAUAAUGCACUUAAGGUGCUAUGUAGUCACUCAUUGCAAAAGCAAGGAUCUCAAUUGAAGGCUGAUUAUGAGGUUACAUGGGACAAAGAUGGCUUGUUCCGAAACUCAAGAAGUGAAUCACAAGGGAAGAGUGGCAGAAACCAAGAAAUGGAAAAAGUCCGAUACAGAAGUGAAGCUCCAAGACGUGAAACUUACGUAUCAGAAUUUGCUUCUGAUGAUACACGCAGAAAGAGGUUCAAGGAAUAGGAAUUGUUGGGGUACAUUCUGAAAGAUUUCACAAAGGAUGUGAGGAGAAGUAAUGGCGAAACGCACGCUUGAUUUUUCCUACACAGGAAUAACUGAUGGUGUGUGAUUGAAGCCAUUACUCAUCUUCUUCCAUGAUGUUAUACCUAGGGAAGAUAUUUUUCAAGAUAAAGAAAGAUGCUAUCCAUGGACCAGAAUCUGUAAUAUAUGAAGCUCCUGUAGAACUCCAGAAAUUUCAUUUUCAUUAUCUCAUCCUCCAAUCCAUAGAGGUUGGUAAUGGAGUUAAAUUAGUUAUGCAGUUAUCAACCUGAAGGAAUUUAUUCCUUUGAUUAAUGCCUAAUCUGUUUUUUCAUAGCCUAAUUUCAGGCUUUUUUGUAUGUGUGACAAAAGAGAAGGAAGGAAGCAAUCACUUGGAUUACCUUGGUCAAUGAAAUAACAUGCCUGUUGGGUGUGAUUUAUUUGCAAGAGCCGCAUGGAGAAUAUAAAUAAAUAAAUGUGGAAUAAAAAACUGUAGUCUGC